AUCCUGCAGCCAGCUGCUUUUGGCAGCUUCCUUUUUAGUCAGGCCUAACCUCUGUGCAGCUGAGUGCUCCUCUGACCACCACGGCUGCAGCACAGCGCACGAUGGAGCCCCGACGGCCCGGGACUACAGCUACUGCCUUCCACCAAUGCUGGCUAGCUUGGCUGCUGCUGUGGGUCUUAACCCUAAGCUGUUCUUUCUCCUUGCCAGCUUCUCUCCCUCCUUCUCUGGUACCCCGAGUCAGAAGCAGCUUCACUCUGGGAAAGACAUUCCUCGGCCUUGAUAAAUGCAAUGCCUGCAUCGGGACAUCCAUUUGUAAGAAGUUCUUUAAAGAAGAAAUAAGGUUUGACAACUCACUGGCUUCCCACCUGGGACUGACUCAUCAGGACUUGCAGUCUUAUCCUGCAAAUUACUCAGAUGACUCUAAAACCUGGCGCCCUGUGGAGAUUUCUCGACUGGUCAGCAAGUACCAAAGUGAGAUCUCUGACAGGAGGAUCUGUGCCUCUGCGUCAGCACCAAAGACCUGCAGCAUUGAACGCAUCCUUCGGAAAACAGGGAGGUUCCAGAAAUGGCUGCAGGCCAAGCGCCUCACACCUGACUUGGUGCAGGGCUUGCCCAGUCCCUUCCUGCGCUGCCCUUCACAAAGACUCUUGGACCGUGUGGUUCGACGCUAUGCUGAAGUAGUCGAUGCAGGCAGCAUCUUCAUGGACCACUUCACUGACCGUGACAAGCUGCGUCUCCUCUACACACUGGCUGUCAAUGCACACCCCAUCAUCCUGCAGAUCUUCCCUGGAGCAGAGGGCUGGCCGAUGCCCAAGUACCUGGGCUCCUGUGGUAGAUUCCUGGUCAGUACCAGCACCAGACCGCUGCAAGAAUUUUAUGAUGCUUCUCCAGAGCAGGCUGCUGACCUUGCCUACCAACUCCUCAGGGUCCUGGAAUCCUUGAGGAGCAAUGAUUUGAACUAUUUCUUCUACUUCACCCGUGUGGAUGCAGGCAUGUUUGGCAUCUUUGACAAUGGGCAUCUGUUCAUCCGGGAUGCCAGUGCCCUAGGCAUCAUCGACAAGCAGGAAGGCAGCCAAGCAGCUGCCAGGAGCGGAGAGAACGAAGACAUUUUUAGCUGCCUGGUUUCUGGCUGCCAGGUCCAGCUCUCCUCCUGUGAUACCGUCCCUGAGAGGCAAAGCCUUGUGCUGGUGUGUCAGCAGCUGCUGCCUCAACUUCUUCGGGGAAAGUUUCCCUCCUCUGUGCAAAAGGAGAUAGACUCCGCUCUCAGCCUGUGUAGCAAGGAUACCAGCACAGACCUAGAAGUUCUUGGGGCCACCAGUCGGCUGAAGGACAUCUUGAGAUCUUUGAGAACCUGUGAUCCUAGAUUUGCCUACCGCUACCCAGACUGCAAGUAUAAUGAUAGAUUCUGAGUGGCUGAAGGGAAGAUCUGCAAGCUCCACGUGUCCCCAGUUGAGUUACUGCCAAAUUGUAAGAAGCAAUUCCGUUUUGAAUAUUUAAGGACAUUGAUUUCCUAAGAAACACACAAAACUUGUGGGAGAAACUCCGACACUGCAUGACCGACCUCAUUGGCUAGGACACCAUGGCUGAGUCAGGAAGUGGUCAUGGGAAGACCAGGUGUGAGCACUCAAUAUCUUUGAAGCUCCAUUUUCUGUAUAUUUUCCCAGACUUUUGCAAGUUUAAAGAAAACAGAGAUGUAAGGAGCCCAGAAACACAAUUGUCACCCACAAAGCAUGUUCCAGAAGCAUACGCAGAUAGGGCAAGUGAGAAAGUCCCGUGUGCUGGGAGGCUGGUGUAGGUAGCAGGCAGGGUGAAGGCGGGGCUUCGGGCCAUUGGAACUCAAGCCCCCCCAUUCCCACGCUCCUGCAUCUGUGAAGAGAAGAGACUAUUAGCCAAAAGGCUGUCCUCACCCACCACCAGCUCCUGAACUCUCUGGGCACUUGGGACUCCUUAUGUAUGUGCAGAAGUCACCUCAGGACAUGGAAAAGAGCCAAGGGUAAAAAGAGAAAGGGGACAACUGGGACCAAUGUGCUUGCUUUGAUCCUCUAAAAGCAAGGGUCAAAACCCAAUUACCUGAGUUUUCUUAGAGGAUAUGCAUACAGGGGAGGUAGAAGGAGGGAAACAGGCAAAAGCUGAAAGGUGAACUCAUGCUACAGUUUAACCAUCAGCAAAAUGUAGGCAAAGCAGGAAAGACUGUCUGGGCAUCUACAAGACCAAGACUGAGCCAUACACCAAAGGAGCCCCAUAUCUCCCAUGAAUAUGUCCACCUGUGUUCAGGGCUAGGCAGAAUAGGCUGUGGUAAGUGUGACUGCAGCUUAGUUGCAAAAACAGAUUUGAGAACACAGCAGCCUGCAGGCAUUAAACAAGUUCCAUUGCCAUUAUAGCUGCAGCCUGGGACCAGGGCUCGCUCUCUCUGCACGAGUUGAUGAGUCCUAGAACUCUCAUCCAAAUGGGGCCUUGCAAGUCAUUAUAAAAACAUUUGUUUUCAACCAAUGGAAUUCAUUUUACUCAACAACUACUUUCCUGUACCUUUAAAGUACAUGGCUUAUGGGUCUCUGUGCAUAAUAUUGUCUGCCCUCCAUAACAAUCACAAGGUCUCUUAGACCUUUAUCAGCCUCCCUACAAGGCCUCUACUUGUGGGGAUUGUUUGGUCUACCUCCUUUCUUCUACCUCUAAAUCAGAACCUUGGCAGUCAGAAUACCUGGCUUAACACGCCUCACUGCAUACAGAGAGCAACAGAGGCCCAGGGAGGCUGUGAUUGCUGAGAUACUGAUGAAACUCUCCCUACCAGUCCAUUCCCUAGUUCCCUUAUUCACCAGUCUCAGACUCUCAUCAUGAACUAUACAAUUCUAUUUUCAUUCACAUUUAAAGUUGAAUCCCAAGGAUCCCAUCUUGUGGUAUACCGGAUAGUCUUUCAAUGUUGCUCUUUCACAACUGCUCCAGAUAUUGUCCCAUGGCUACCACAGUAGUGAGGAUAACAGACCAAGCUGGUACCAUGCCUGAGAAGCUUUAAAACUGGUGUCCUCUGCUGGCUAUGGAGAAUGAAGUUUGACCACAUCUCCUACCUGCAUUAUCAUGAUUUUCUCUCCCUACUGACUUGCUCGAAUAUGUGAUUCUAGGCAGCCUUCUGACCAGAGAACCCAGAGAAGGGGCUAUAGCCUCAGACUCUCCAAGGAUGCACAGGGACAUAAGACUGCCCCCAGGAUCAGACCCCCUCAUGUCAGGAUCAGCCUAUCUCAAUAGAACCAUUACUUUUCCACAGAAGACUGUAAGCAACUUUGAUUUAGGCUCCACAGAGUUGAAAAAAUGGGACUUACAAUAACCCUCCUCUUACCUCUCUACUAUAUAUCUCUGGGGAAGGCAAGAAGGAGGGAAUGGGUCCUCUAUACCAGUGGUCUGGGACUCUGAAAAAUUACACUUCAAAAUCAUGGAGCAGCUAAAUCUAGGAAGGAAACACAGCCCUAGAUACCUACUGAGUCAAAACAAAGAAAUCCUUUGUCCUCUUUGAUAAAUACCCAGAAACAAGCACAGAACAAAACUACCUGAAUAUCCCCAGGAGGUGAGUGGAAGAUUGUUUUUAGUAUUAACUAAAACAAACGCUAUGGGUUUGUGCAGUUGAGUGUUUAUCUUCAGUUCAGGCCAAAGGAAGACAUAACCUUUCAGGCAGAGCCUAACACUUUGGAGUGACCCAGAAAUGGCUCCCCAUCUUUUGCAAGAUGAGAAGGUUAAGAAGUCCCUUACCCAUCCAUUUUGCAGGCAAAAGCAGACCUUUUCUUGCCAUCAUGAUCAAAGAUCAGACUGUCUCCUAGGUGCUCUCUCCAAACCAUAUUUUCCCUACUCACUCCCUGCCAUCUGUUGAUUCUCUGCCCAUCCUUCCUUGUGAUAGACACAGAACAGAGAUGCCAGGCCUCCCUCCACAAGAGACGCCUCUUCCUCCACUGCAGGAGUGCAGGUGGCAGGCAGCACUGACUGUCAGCCCUUUGGGCUCUGCCUUGGUCACUCUGUGACUUCACUUGAGACCACUCCUGUCCUAAGGCACAUCAAUACCUAGUCACUGGGCUUGUAAUGAAAUGUGUUGCCUCAACCAUUUUGACCCACUUAGCUAUAAACCAGAUGGGUAAUUUUUUGUUCUAAAACUCUACUUGCAUCAGACCAAGACUCUGCUGGGCCUGCAGCAUAGUCAAACUGACCCUGCCCCCCUCUUUUUUCUAUGAAUUCUUUUCACAGGUGUUGACUAAAUAAGCACCAAUGAGUGGCCAAGAUGGUUGUUCCACAAAAGCAUGUUCACGUCUUAAUCACAUCUUAAGCUGUGACAAUUGCCUAUAUGGGAAAAGAUGUGGUUAAGGAUCAUGGGACUGUACAGAAUUGUCUAGGUAGGUCUUAAAUGGAAGCCUGAGUGUCCUCAUAAGAUGGAGGCAGGAGGACUUUUGAGAGGGAAGAACCAGGGAUGUGAAGACAAACGUCAGUCAAGACUGGCACAAUGCUACUAUAAGGCAAGGAACUCUAACAGUCACCAGGAAGUGGCAAGGGAGGGAUCCUUCUGCCAGAUCCUCCAAAGGAACUAUGGCUCUCAUGAUACCCUGAUUUCAACCCAGUGAGACCCAGGAAUUGUGAAAGAAUACAAUUCUAUUGGGCUGCACCACCUCCUUCAUAGUAAUUUGGUUUAGCACUUGCAGGAAUCCAAUACACACUCUGAAGUCUACUGAAUAUUAGCAUCCAGAGAGCUUCUCCUACAACAUUCACCCACAGUCCUCUGUGAGCAAAUGGAAGGAAUACUUGAGUUAAGGAUGUACUGCAAUGGUAGAGUACUUGCCUGGCAAACUGGGGCCCUAGUUUCAUCCCCCAGUACAGCAAAAGCAUGGCCUGGUAUGGGGAAGUAUAGGAUGGAUCCUUAUCCAGAGCUGAGGACUACCUUCCUCCAAAACUCUAGACAUUAAUGAAGACCCUGCUCAGUCUUAUGAUUAUUCAGAGGCUUUCUUGAUAGUCCAGCUACCAGAGAGAACUUUCUGAACCUUGUCCCUGAAAUUCUGGUCUACAUGUUUGUGCCUCCUUUGAGUUUUGAGUUUGGCUUCAGGAGGAUCUGUGUCCUGCUUGCCAUCCAGCUCAGAGCUUCCUGAGGUUGGGGGGGUGUGAUGUGAAGAGCUUUGUGUUUUCCAAUAAAAAGGCAGGGCUAGACACAAAGCAGAGGCUAGGAAAUGCUCCUACUGAGAAUAAUGACUGUCUUCUUCAGCCCUUCCCUACACUGUGCAUGCACUAUCCUGGCUACCAAUCAGAGAGAGCCACUUCUCAAUAGCCAAGAGACAAGUGAGUCAGCAUGCAAGAGACUUCAACCGGAAGAGAAUUAUAAUCAGUUAUAUUCUACUGACUGGGAUUUUGAGUGGAGGCAUUAUUUUGCCUGUUUAUAUCAGCCACACCUUUUAGCCUGUAGGCUGGGCUGUUUGAUUUGUGGGAACCAAAGAAAAAUGGCAAUGUGAGAUGGAUCUAUUCAGAAACAGUUCAUAGUCAUAAGAAGAGACACCAAAGCUAAGCCGAGGCUCUUUGCCAUGUAGGUUACAGGCUCACCAAGUAGGCGAGGGCUGCAGAUACACUCCUUACACUUGGCAUUGAGUGUUGCUACCAUUUGUUGGAGGUUCCUUUACCUUCCACAGCCAAAGGGAGCAAGUGGAGGACAGAGGUGAAAUAUAAUACAUGCUUACAGCCUAUGAGAUCAGACUCAGGAGAGUGUAACAACACCCCAGCCCAUGAGUAUAACUGUACAGGAAUAUGCUGGUUUCAGUGGUUUGGUAAAUAUGGUAAUUGUUGAGUCUCCUGCCUGUGGUCUUUGAACACCUAAACCUGAACAUUUUCUCUGGAGUUAAGAUAAAUGCUAUGAAAAAAAUAAAUUCUAUGUUGUUUACCUUU